AUGAGCCUGAGGACGGAGCCAUCAGGGUCCGAGCUCCAGGCCCAGCUGGCGGAGAGCAGGGCGCAAGUGGAACAUUGGCAGGGCGUGGCCACCAUCUGUGAGCUCAGCAAACAGGAGGAACUUGCAGAGCUGCAAAAAAAAUGUGACCAAGAAAUCCAGUCUCUGCAGGAGGCUCUGAGAGAGACGGCAGCUCAGUAUGAAUCCAGGAUCGCCUACUGGCAGUCCAAGCAGCAAGAGUCUCAGAGAGCCAGUGGAUACAGUCUGGUCAGUGAGAAACUUUGA